UGAUCACGUGUUUCCUACUAGGAUUCGCUGAAGCUGAAGAAAAGUUUGACAAGCCCGAGUAGUUCCGGAGAGAACUGCAGCAGAUCAAGGACGAGCACAAGUAACGGAUUCACUUUUAUCUAGAAGCUAACUUCAUAGGAAACAUGGAAUCUGUUACCCAGAAAGUGCUGACUUCCGGCUUCACUCUUGAUUUUGGACCUCUGAAAGAACCUCUGGCAUUUAUUCGUCUCUUAGAAUGGAUCUUCGCCAUAUUUGCCUUUGCUACAACUGGAGGCUACACAGGCACAACCAGCGUCAACAUCCAGUGUCCAGGGAAGGAAAUACAGGAAGUCACUGCAGACUUUAACUACCCCUUCAGGUUGAUGAAGCAUCCCUACGAUGUUCCUGACUGUAAAGUCAAUGAGACCACCACCACUGCACACUACCUGUCAGGAGACUAUGCUUCUUCAGCGGAGUUCUACGUCUGCGUUGGGGUGUUUGCCUUCCUGUACUGCAUUGCCACACUAGUUCUGUACUUGGGUUACCAGCACCUGUAUAGAGAAACCAGCCGUGCUCCCAUUGUGGACCUUCUGCUGACUGCCGCCUUUGCUUUCCUGUGGCUGGUGUCGUCCUCUGCUUGGGCCAAAGGCUUGACUGAUGUGAAAUACUCCACGAGUCCUUCAACCAUUGUUAGUAUCCUUGAUGUGUGCAAGCAGGAAACCACCAAGUGCACUGCAGGUGCCAUGCCUCACAUGGGCAGACUCAACGCUUCAGUGAUUUUUGGAUUUCUCAACCUCAUCGUGUGGGCUGGCAACUGCUGGUUCAUCUUCAAGGAAACACCUUUCCACAAGACAGCCAACCAGCCGGCAAAUGUGGAGGGUGGCGUGAGACCAACGUAACUGCUUUUUCGUCUCAAUCUCAAAGUGUCAAAAGUAGUUUUCUUGACUCAUACUGGUGUUAACGGUUAACAAUGGAAAACAAAACUAAAAUUAAGGCUUAAAAAAUUAAAUAAGAAUGAAGAAGUAACCAAUCCUUAUUUGUUGGGAAUGUUUGUCAUAUUAACAGCAUUAUUAAAUUUGAGUUGACUACAACAUCAAGACUGCAUGAUGUUGUUUAUUCCAGACAAAUGGUCCUUAUUUCAUUUAGCAGUGCAGAUGUCAGUUUAUUUAAACAAACUCAGGGUUGGUGUGUUGAAAUUUCAAAACAUUUAACGGCAAAAAAAAAGUGUUUGUAACACCAUAAUGAAGACCCUCAAGUUCUUUAAGUGUCAUUUUUUUGUUACAAGUUUUGCACUGGAGAAGUAGACUUAAGAGCCUGGUCUUUAACGAUCAGUGCACAGCUGACAAAGGUCGCUUUACCAGAGGCAGUACUUCCCCAAAGAACAACAAAUAUUUGUCUUGUUUGUUUUACACCUUUUUGCAGCUUCUGACCACAGCGAUUAGCAGAGUAAUUCUUCACACAUGAACCUGUCAGGAAUCAGGGGCUGCAUUAUAACCUAGAAAAAAAAUUAAUCUACACUUGAUAUGUUAAUUAAUCAUUUAGUCAUUAAACUAGACACGUGUGGAACAGAAUAAGCAUCUUAUGUGCCAAAAAAAAUCACAUUUUCUUCAAACUUUGUAUACCAAGAUUUUCUAUGACUUUUGGGGGGAGAUAGGGAGUCUAAACAAAACAGGAGACAAACUUCAGGCUAAUCCUAAAUCGCUCCAACUAAAAAAGGCAACAAAAAUCAGAAUCAUCAAUGAUGGCUAAUAUAUGUUUUACAAAUAAUUCAUUUGCUGGCAUGAGAUUAUUUAUACUGGUCCAAGUAUUUAAAUCUGUGUGAAGUAGUGAAAUUAACCUAAAUGUUGAAGGCAGUGCAUGUCUGUUAGAAGCUUGUUAGCUCUAAUUUUUUUUUAAAUUGUUUUCAUUCAAUGGCUGUGUAGUAGAAUGUGUGACAAAUAGUAAGUUUGCCUUUGUUUCUUGGUGUGCUAACACUAUUCCAUUUAAUAAGAAACUGACUGUAACCUAACCAGUUACUGAAUUUGUCUAAAGUUUUGCUUUUGCUUGAGCUUUUUCCCUUCAGAUUUUUAAGAAAAGGAGAACUGUUCAGCGUGCCACUGGCCAAUGUUUUGUUUUCAAUGAGACAGCCUUGCUUUUUUCACUUUUUUUUACUUUGCAGCAUUGAUAUUUGGUCACAUAGAUGACACAGAUGUUCUUGCCACAAUCAAUGGCUCUAUUGUGUGGACAAUAAAUGCAGCAUUUAUUAAAUGGGAGAACUGGA